UUAAGUCAUUACAACACACAACUAAACAUUUUCCUCUAAUUAUUAUAUAAGCUCUUGCAUAACACCAAUGGGUUCUCUUCCUCACAUCGUGGAAGAUUGCAUGGGAGUCCUCCAACUAUUCAGCGACGGCAGCGUCCACCGCUGCUCCGACAUCGCCUUUAACUUUCGUCCGUUCUACGAGGACUCCUCCGUCGUCUUCAAAGACCUGGUUUUCGACCAAAAGCUCGACCUGUCACUCCGUUUGUACAAGCCCAACUCGGUGGUCAUGAAUUCCACCACCGCCAAACUUCCCGUUGUGUUCUACUUCCACGGCGGCGGCUUUUGUGUCGGUUCACGCCUUUGGCCUAACUGUCAUAACUGUUGCCUUAGGCUUGCGUCUGGCCUAGGAGCCCUAGUAGUCUCCCCGGAUUACCGCCUUGCCCCGGAACACAAGCUCCCCGCCGCCGUAGACGAUGCCGUGAGCGUGGUGGAGUGGCUACGGAGAGAGGCGGUGGGCGAUGGUGAGAAUAAUUGUAGUGGCGGCGAUGCAUGGUUGAGCAGGAAAGUGAUCGACUUGGACAGGGUUUUUGUGGUGGGCGAUUCCUCGGGUGGGAACAUGGCUCACCAUUUGGCUGUCAGGAUUGGGACUGGUUCGGUUCGGGUCGAGCCGGUUCGAGUUAGAGGUUUUGUGUUGCUUGCACCGUUUUUUGGUGGGGUGGCGCGGACAAGGUCCGAGGAGGGACCGCCUGAGGGUUUGUUGAGCUUGGAAAUGUUGGACAGGUUUUGGAGGCUAUCGAUGGGGGAAGGAGAAACAAGGGACCACCCAUUAGCGAACCCAUUCGGACCAAAGAGUCCAAACCUUGAAAAAGUGGGUUUGGACCCAAUUCUUGUGAUUGUGGGUGGCAAUGAAUUGUUAAGAGAUAGGGUGGAGAACUAUGCCAUGAGGUUGAAAGAUAUGGGUAAGAAAGUUGAGUACGUUGACUUUGGGGGUCAACAACAUGGCUUUUUCACCAACGAUCCAUACUCAGACACUUCUAACAAUGUUUUGCAAGUUAUUAAACGCUUUAUUCUUCAAAACUCCAGCUAAGCAAUUACAUCUUAAUUAAUAGUAACCAUUGUUAGUGGUGAUAUAUAAUAGUUCUUCACUUCAAUUGCUUAGUGGAUUUUCUAGCUCAUGCAUUAAUGUCUUUCUUUUUUAUCGUUUGAUGAGGUCAUAAUUAUGGUAUACAUAGAGUGUAUACACUAUAUCUACAAAGCGUGAGCCUUUAGAGAACAUAUAUAUAGUCGUUUUAUUUUAAGGAAUUUUCUCUUUUUAUUUGCUA